AUGCGAUCGAAAUCAUCUACAAAUCGCUCUUCGUCGAACCAACCCAGCGGCUAUGGCGUUCACACAAAGAUCACCGGAAGAGGCCAGAAUGCCGAGACCCCUGCAUCGCAGUACGCGAAAUGGGGCGUACGAGAUGAUGAGAUCGAGCUGGUAACUCACAUUCGCGUUUCUCAUGAGCGACUGAGUCCAGAUGAUACUCGCAGCGCGAGCGGACAAAGUGCAGUCAAUAGUCUUCCGGAGUCUGUGCAUCAGACGUCUCGAGUUCGCGGACCCGACUUCACCAGCCACGUCAUGAUAUCAUCUGUGGCUGCGAGCGCAUCGUCAGUCCAAAGUAACAGCUGGUGUCGGGCUUUCAACAUGCCUGAUGUUGAGGCAAUGGCUCUUUCGGGCGCGACCUCAAUGGCUGCUACCUCCGAAGAUAUAGAGACGACAGUCGCCAUGAAUGACGGCGCUCACAGACUACGAGUGCGCAGCAAAUUCUAA